AUGGGAGCCUGGAACGCUGCUGGAAACCUCUUUCGCCUCCUCAUUGUGGUAGGAACGGUCAUUGCAAUUGGCUUGCAAUCUGCAACUCAAACAGGCUGCAACUACGCCGUCUACAAAGAAGACAACAUCCAAGCAGUCGGAAUUUGGUACUUGAUGACCAACAAUGAAUGUGGAGCAGAAGUUUAUGAUCCUGAUGAAAGCGAUCCUUUCAUUUGGACAGCCCGCAGUUGUUUGAGCUUGUCCAUGCUUCUUGCUACUAUCGGUGGCAUCCUGGUAGCCUUUGAAUGGUGCUGCUGCAAUGUAUGCUGCGCAGGGUGCAUCGAAAUGUCGUGCUAUAUGAGUGCUAUGAUGCUUGCAGGUGGAGUCAAUUUCAUUUUUGGAUGCGAACUAUGUGUCGGGGUUGGGUUUGACUCCAUUACGGUUGAAGGGAUUGAAGCAGCUGCAGAGGACGGAAAUGUUUGCGAGAUUGGUCCAGGAGCGACCACGAAUACGGUUGCCCUUAUCAUUUAUCUCAUUGUGUGUAUUUUGUUAUGUUGCACACCGGAACCAGACCCAGUCUGGAAACAAUAA